AUGGCGAGCAGGUUGUCUACUAAGUCGACAUUAUUGUUGAAUACUACAUCUGUACACUCAAUUCGAUCCAUUUGCUCCGCUCGCGAAGUCAUCUCCCAAGCAAGGGUCUUCUCCCUUUCCUCCACCACAACCGAGCCUUUAAAAAAUUUCAAUCCUCCACAACAUCGCCAUCUGGCCUCACCAAUCUCCAAACUCUCUCAACUCGGAACCCAACCUUCCGUUCGAAAUUUCUCAAGCUCUCCACGUUCAUCUUUCGCAAAGGCUUCCGCGAAGAAAUCAGUCAAGAUGGUUAAAGCAGAUGAAUACAUCCUGACUCUUUCCUGUCCCGAUCGUCCAGGUAUCGUCCAUGCAGUCACGGGAUUCCUCUCCCAGCACAAUCUCAACAUUGUUGAUUCGCAACAAUAUGGAGAUCCGACUUCCCUCCGUUUCUUCAUGAGAGUGCAUUUUGGUCCUCCUGCAUCAUCCACCUCGGACGGCUCAGCCACGAAACUGAGUCUCGAGGAAUUAAAGAGUGCUUUCGAAACCAUCGCUCAGGAAAUGAGUAUGGAUUUCCAACUCUCAUCCCUGGCUACCAAACCUCGCGUUCUCAUCAUGGUUUCGAAAAUCGGUCAUUGUCUUAAUGAUUUACUUUUCCGUCAGAGUAUCCAACAAUUGGGUAUCGAAGUCCCCCUCAUCGUAUCCAAUCAUCCGGAUUUCGAACCCCUGGCCAAUACCUACAAGAUUCCCUUCCAUCAUCUCCCUGUUAGCGCUGCGACCAAAGCCGAGCAGGAGGGCAAGAUCUUGGAAUUGGUCAAGGAGCACAAUAUCGAUCUGAUUGUCCUGGCGAGAUACAUGCAGGUUUUGAGUCCUACGCUCUGCACGGCGAUGAGCGGGAAAAUUAUCAAUAUCCAUCAUUCUUUCCUGCCGUCGUUCAAGGGCGCGAAACCAUAUCAUCAGGCGUAUGAUCGCGGUGUAAAGAUUAUUGGGGCCACGGCACAUUUUGUCACGAGCGAUUUGGAUGAGGGUCCGAUUAUUGAGCAGAAUGUGGUGAGGGUGGGUCAUGGAUUGAGUCCCAAGGAGUUGACGGUCGAGGGAAGUAAUGUGGAGAGUAAUGUUUUGGCGACGGCGGUGAAGUGGGUUACGGAGAGAAGGGUUUUGUUGAAUGGUCAUAAGACGGUGGUUUUUAAUUAG